AUGGAAGGGAAAAGCAAUAUUCAAGGUGAUUUUAGAGAUGGAAUAAGAACUGAAGACGGCAAGGUUUCUUUCAAAAAGGUAUCGUUGUCAUUGAGACAAGCUUUUCGAAGAAAUACUGCAGGAGAGCUUAACAUGCUGAGAGUACCGGGAACGGAUGAUGGGAGCUCUAGCUAUGGAACAUCAAGGCGAGGCAGCAUCAUGCCGGGCUUUGGAAGAUUUGGACUCGCAAAAAAGCCCAAAACGACCUACGAGCCGACAUACAAAAUGGACCCAGAUGACAAGCCAGACAUUGCCUCAAUGAAAUUGAUUCUUGAGGAGACUGUUCUUCAAUGCUCUGAGAAAAUAACCUGGCCGGAAUUUCACAAGACAAAGGCGCUUUUGCGACUCAACAAUCUUCUCCACAGAAAAAUUAAAGCGAUGAUGCCAAAACGAUACAGAUUUGUCCUCCAAGUCAUGGCUUUUGAGCCAGAUCAGCAAGAUGCGAAGCUGUGCAGCUCAUUUCUUUGGAACGGGGAACACGAUACAUAUUUGACAUAUAAAUUUGAAAAGUUCGAUUUGACAGUUGUCUCGAUUCUCCAUCUGAUUUACAUCGAAUAA